AUGUGGAAUCGCAAGAAAGUGAUGACGAUGAAGCCCAUCAAAAAAAUCCCGAAAGGGACGCCACGUCAUGAUCUUCACAUUCAAGUGAAAGAUGGGGUGAAUAGUGGUGAUCUCUUACGAGCGGUCAAAUGUCCUGUUGGACAAAAUGUGAAUGAUUGGGUAGCCGUGAAUUGUUUUGAUCUCUUUAAUGAAGUGAAUCUGACAUAUUCAUCGAUCACAGCGUUAUGUAUAGCGUCGAAGUGUAAGACGAUGAGUGCGGGUCCUAAGAUGGAAUACGUGUGGAUGGAGAAUGGAGAGACACAACAGCUGAGUGCGCCGGAGUAUUGCGACAAACUGUUUACUUGGGUACAAAGCUGUUUCGAUAACCCCGAGAUCUUCCCCGCGGAAUUCACCGACAAGCCGCCUAAAGUGUUUGUCGAGACCGUUCGCAAGAUAUUUAAAAGACUCUUUCGGGUCUACGCCCAUAUGUUUUAUAACCAUAUGGAGCACAUGGAACAACUCGGGAUACAAACAGUGACACUCCGUGGGUUUAAACACUUCUACGCUUUCAGUCGACAAUAUAAAAUGUUAAGUAAAGACGACGUAGCACCACUACAAACCCUUGUUCAAGACUUGGACAAAGAAUUCAAGUUCAAGUCGUUGUAA